ACGGUGGAACGAGAAAAAAUUAUAAGAGAGGAGAAAAGGUGACGGUGCCAUCUGUUUCAUAAGGAAAAGGUGGAGUGCCAUCUGUUUCAUGAGGCUGCUUUCUAGUAUAUAUAAAAUUUUUAUGCGGUGAGUUCAUAACUAUUACGACUGCCUGAUUAAACCAUUUUGUUGUUGCGUUCGUUAUCCGCUAUAAAAUUUUCCCAGGAACCAUGAAAGUUCCGGUCGUAGCCCCUUCUCCAUAUAAGGCCUUUUCUUCUCUCCGCGAUCCUUUCUUCUUUACACUCGCUUCUUCAUCAAUUUACUCCUUUUCCAAGCAUCUCCAUUUUAAUCCCAUGGCUGCUUGUGUUGACACUCCUAGAGUGAAGCCCUCUCAAAUUUCUCGCGAUCCAAACAGGUCUGAAAGUGAUGAUCAUGCUUACAAGUAUGUGACAUAUUGUCGACCCAGUUUCUCCGAUCAUGUUUCUGGCUUACCCUUUAGCAAGAAUCAUAUGAAAACCAUACACACGAAUUCAGUUGCGGAAGAUCUGCCUCACGAAAACCAAAAUAAAGAAGAUCCAUGGCUCAAAAUGCAGGAGGAAGCCAGGUUAGAUGCUGAUCAAGAGCCAGUUCUAUCCAGCUACUACUAUACCUCCAUUCUGUCUCAGAAGACUCUAGAAAGGGCGUUGGCGAAUCAUCUUGCAAUUAAGUUAAGCAAUUCCAGCCUUCCUAGUAGUACUCUGUUUGAUAUUUUUUUGGGGGUUCUUGAAGAGAGUCAAGACAUCAUUACUGCGGUGAAGAAAGAUUUGAGAGCUGUGAAGGAAAGAGACCCUGCCUGCAUAAGCUACAUGCACUGUUUCUUGAAUUUCAAAGGGUUUCUGGCAUGCCAAGCCCAUAGAAUAGCGCACAAAUUAUGGGCACAGGGUAGAAAUGUUUUAGCUAUAUUGAUCCAAAACAGAGUAUCUGAGGCGUUUGCGGUUGAUAUUCAUCCAGGAGCAAGGAUCGGACAGGGAAUAUUAUUUGAUCAUGCCACAGGAUUAGUUGUUGGAGAGACUGCUGUGAUUGGGAACAAUGUGUCAAUCUUGCAUAAUGUGACUUUAGGUGGUACUGGGAAGGCUUGUGGAGACAGGCAUCCAAAGAUUGGUGAUGGGGUUUUGAUUGGGGCUGGUACUUGUAUUUUGGGUAACAUUAGGAUUGGUGAAGGGGCCAAGAUUGGGGCUUGUUCAGUGGUGUUGAAGGACGUGCCACCCAGGACUACUGCUGUUGGCAACCCGGCUAAAUUGGUUGGAGGAAAGGAGAACCCGAUUAAGCUUGACAAAAUUCCAAGCUUUACCAUGGACCACACUUCACACAUAGCUGAGUGGUCUGAUUAUGUUGUAUAAAGGUCUUUUUCUUAGUUGAGUAAGCUGUGUUCUGAUCCUGCCUAGUGAUCUGAUUGUGUUGUAUAACGGUCUUUUUCUUAGUUGAGUAAGCUGUGUUCUGAUCCUACCCAGUGAUAUCUUAUGUAUGGCCUUGAGCAAAUAUUACCAGACCAAAUGUGCUGUAAGUAUGAACCAAAUCAAAUUAUGUUGUUAAUUUUCUUCCAA